CUUGAAUUCCUCCAUCUCUUUCCUACACACGGAGAAGAAUAGACAGACAAACACAGAGAAAGAGAUCGAGAUAGAGGCAACCAUCAGCUGCACCCUCAAGCUGAAGUCGACCUCACCAACCCCUCUCCUAGCCUGUACCAUUUUUGUGACUCCGACCGCGACACUCACACACCCGACCACAAUCUCUCUUUCUCUCUCGUUUCUGUUCUAAUUUCCUUCGUAUAUUUUGUUUCCUUUCUGAGUUUUUGGAAAUUCCCUUUGUUUCGAGCGCAAAAUGGCUCAAAUCAUGGGCAUAUUCAAGCUCGAAGCUUGUGGCAUAGUUUAGAAGGUUGAGCUCUAGUGCUUGACCUUCUUUCUCUGUCUUUAUCUUGCUCUCGUGCUUUAUCCCCUUACAACUUUCUGUCUUUGAAUGGCUGACCGGAGAAUGGUCGCUGUGAACUUGGAUCCGGAGAGGAAGAGGAGUGGGGGUUUGAGGACGAAGCAGGCGGGGAGAGGAUCGUGCCGCGGUAGUUAGGCAUAAGUUGCCGGCAAAUGAUUGGUCUCCGCCGGUGGUGACUUUUUCUGUCUCUGUUUCUCUGUCUAUCCGUCUCGAUCUUUCACUCUCUCUCCCGUGCGUGCGUACUUGUGCUAUCCAAAUAGUUCGUUGACGCGUGUGAUUCCGAGCUCCAAGCUAUGGGGUUCUUAUUAAAAGAGGCGCUCAAGACGCUGUGCGGUCCGAGUCAGUGGUCCUAUGCUGUGUUCUGGAAGAUCGGAUGCCAAAACCCUAAGCUAUUGAUUUGGGAAGAUUGUUAUUAUGAACCCUCUGCAAGUUCUGCACUACACAUUGCUGGAUCUGAGACCUUUAGAGAGUGUGAGAGAUCCUGGGAUUCUCCUGAAAUUCGCUCCUCUCAGCUUCGGAUUCAAGCAGGGGACAGAGUGCAUUCACUUAUUAAUGUUAUGAUGAUAAAUAAUCAAGUUAAUGUUGUGGGUGAAGGGAUAGUAGGUCGAGCAGCAUUUACAGGAAACCAUCAGUGGAUUCUUUCAAACAAUUACACUGGGGCUGUCCAUCCACCAGAGGUUCUGAAUGAGGUUCUUCACCAAUUUGCAGCUGGGAUUCAGACAGUGGCAGUUAUUCCCAUUCUUCCGCAUGGUGUUGUUCAACUUGGUUCUUCUUUGUCUAUCAUGGAGAAUAUUGGAUUCGUGAAUGAUGUGAGAAGUUUAAUCCUGCAGCUAGGAUGUGUACCUAGUGCUCUUUUUUCUAACAACUAUGAAACAAAAGAUACUGCUGAAAAGAUUGGGGUUCCAUUUCUUGGAGUGCCGGUAUCUGUGGAACCUUCUGAAGUGACAAAUUCCUUGCCUUUGAUGGUUGACAUCUGCAAUCAACAAAGCAAUUCAUCUCAUGAUUCAUUACUUGUUUGCCAAUCAUCUCAUCCUCUAAUAAGAGAGACUCAAAAUAAAAAAUGUCAACCUCCCGAUCAGGCCCAAAUGUUGCCCCAAUGCCAUGAUGAGCAUUGCCAACCAAAAGCUACUUCCAUUGUGAAACCAAACUUUUCUUUCGACAGCCAAUUAGAGAAUGGAGUUGUGGGAGCUGAAGUGAUUCCGUCAAAUCCUGGUGCAUGGCUGAACCCGCAGGCUCGUUUCUACAGUUCUAGAUCUGGUUACAAUAAACAACCUGGUUUUAGCCAAUUGGGUGGAAGUAAGACCACCCAAAAUUCAAUGGAGCAACAGAUUUUCUCGGGUUCUGCCGUACAAGAUCAUCUUAACAAAAACUCAAGUGUAUCAAGUACCUUUAAAAUGUCUCAACUGAGAACCAGUGGAGGCCUAAUGCUCGAUCCCCACAUUGGUUCUGUUACAUCUUUGUGUGGGGGAAGUAAGUUACACGGUGGAAUCAGUAAUCAUUUAAGGCCAAAUUCAGUUUGUUGCACCCUUCCAACCCCAAGUAGAGCAGCUGACACUAAUCUUUCUGGUAUACAUCUCACCAACACAGAGGUUCAGUAUGUUCAUUCAUCCAAAACAAGGGGGGUUUCCUCAAGUAGCCGUGCAGAUCAAGUACCUGCUGGUCACAUGCUUUCGGGAGAAGAUCAGAGACAUAUUUCCACAGUUAUGAAGCAUAAUGAAAAUGAGUUGGCCCCCAGGGAACAGAAGAUGGAUACUGAUUCAUUUCAGGUCCUUGAUAUCCUGCACGCCCAUCCAGAGAAGCAUAUGUCUAUGAGCGAGCAUAUCCCUGGUCUUUUUGCUCAUUGCCAGAACCGUGAUAAUGGAAGUCGGACUCCAUCAACAAUUGGUAAACAUGAAUAUACAUCUGCCCAGCCUCCGUCAGGGGACGACUUAUUUGAUAUUUUGGGUGUGGAGUUUAAAAAUAAGCUGCUCAAUGACACCAGGAAUAAUUUUCUUGCUGAUGGGCUAGAUGCAAAUUUGCAAAAUCUGUGUGAGAAUUCUUCAGUGUUAAUGGGUAUGCUGGAUGUGGGUGCAGAUUUAUUUUCAGAAUGUGAAGGGAUAUCAGAGAGUGGUAUCUUCUCUGGGAUGGGCAGUGACCAUCUUCUGGAUGCUGUGGUCUCCAGGGCUCACUCUGCUUCCAAGCAGAGGUUGGAUGAUGAUGUGUCGUGCAGGACAGCAUUGACAAAUAUCAGUAGCUCCUCUGUUCCUAGUAGUUCUGGCACCUAUGGACCGGUUGGUAUGUCUGAUCAUGUGCAAGGAGAGUUACUUGGUCUUCCUAAGCCUCGAGGAAAAAAAGUAGGGACUGUAGAAGCUAGUUAUCUUAGAUCUGGAUGUAGCAAGGAUGAUGCAGGAAACCUUUCUCAAGCUACUUCCAUUUAUGGAUCUCACAUCAGUUCGUGGGUUGAGCAGGGUAAUAAUGUGAAGUGCGAUAAUAGUGUGUCUACGGCAUAUUCUAAGAAGCCUGAUGAAAUCAACAAAUCAAACCGGAAAAGGCUUAAACCUGGGGAAAACCCAAGACCCAGGCCAAAGGAUCGGCAGAUGAUCCAAGAUCGUGUGAAAGAAUUGCGGGAAAUCGUGCCAAAUGGUGCAAAAUGUAGCAUAGAUUCACUACUUGAACGCACCAUUAAGCAUAUGCUUUUCCUGCAAAGUGUCACAAAGCAUGCUGACAAGCUAAAACAGACUGGGGAUUCCAAGAUUGUUAGUAAAGAUGGUGGACUGCUUUUGAAAGACAAUUUUGAGGGAGGCGCAACUUGGGCAUACGAGGUUGGCUCACAAUCCAUGGUCUGCCCCAUCAUAGUUGAGGAUCUGAAUCCACCUCGUCAGAUGCUUGUGGAGAUGCUUUGUGAAGAACGGGGUUUCUUCCUAGAAAUAGCUGAAAUAAUCAGAGGAUUGGGUUUGACCAUAUUGAAGGGGGUGAUGGAAGCUCGGAAUGACAAAGUAUGGGCACACUUUGCGGUUGAGGCAAAUAGGGACAUAACGAGGGUGGAAAUAUUUAUGUCGCUAGUUCGCCUUUUAGAGCAAACCGUGAAGCCAUGAAGCCGUGCAAUAUCAGCUAAUGCAAUCCAUACCAACAAUAUGUGGUCCACUCUUUCCCCUGAGCUGCCCCGAUACCCGCAACUGGAAGGCCCAGUAAAUCAGUAGUGUGCAAUGAAUUGCCUACUGUACAGUUUCUUGGCGUGGAUAUGUUGAGAGUGAGCUCAGUAUAUGCUGCUUGCUAUGACUAACAUGGAUUCCAGUCUAAGGCUGCAGCCUCUUUUUUAACUUCUGACAAACUCGUGUCUCCCCACAAACCCUAUUAUGACUGAGGUUUGUGGGGUUGGCGUUGUUUAGUUAGUAAAAUGCUCCUGAAGAACUUUUGUAGGGAAUUGAAUGUUCGAGGAGAGGUAUUAAAGAAGCCAUGGUUGGCAGCUCUAAUGGAGGCCAUCGAUGACAAACCUUGGAUGGAUGACCUUAGAUUUAUUUAAUUUAACGUGAUGGUUAUUUGUUAAGAGGGAUUUGGAUGAUACACUUUUGGGUUCUGUGGUUCAAAUUUGUACAGAAGCUGUGGAACGUCGUGAAUUUGGAGGUGUUGAAGUGCCUUUAGCAAACAAAACGAUCUGUCUUUUAUUUUUUAUUUUCUGCCUUGGGAUUUUCCUGUUAAUUGAUCUUAAUUGUGUUUUAUGGUACUGCUAUAUUUGUGUA